UCUGCAAAAAAGCAAAAGUGGCAGCAGUUUUCAUCCGAGUGCGGAAAGGGCUUUUAUUUUCAUACGUUUUAGCUGUUUCCAAUCGAAGGAAAAGUGGCAUUUUAUCGAGCAAUUCGACCAGUGGCAAGUGGAAAACUAUACGCCAUCGCCAAAAACGGGGUUCCGCCGACCCGAGGAUAGAAUUAUCUGUUUUGCAUUUUCUUCGUGCUCUCCGAAGAGGAAAAUAUGGAACGAGGCAUUGGCCGACAGGGACCGAUGAUGUCCUCUCCAGGAAUGUCUCGACGGCCCUACGGAAUGCCUACUCGGGACAGUUAUCAAUCACAUUCAUACCAUCAGCAACAGCAGCAGUCCAGCCCACAUCAGCAUCACCAGCAGCAACAGCAGCAUCAGCAGCAGCAACAGCAGCCGCAACAGCAGCAACAACAACAACAACAACAGCAUUCACCAAGCCAAUUCCACUCGCAACAUGAUGAGCUGAUACGAUAUAUCCAUGAGGCAUGGAAUACGAUCACGCAAGACAAAAGCCAAAAUCCCCCAGUAUUCUUCAAGAGUGUACCUGAGCCAAGGCUGGCCGGUUUCACCCCGUUUGACCUGGAAGCCUACUGGGGCAAGCGGUUGAUGCACAAGAUCAAUAUCUCAGCCCACGGUCACUAGUGGUUUCGGACCGGGCGGCAAGGAAUCGAUGCGAUUGAGUGAACAGAAGAAGUGAAAAGUAAUAAAACAAAAGCAGGCAGAAUAAUGAAAAAUCCGUAACACCCAGAUGAACACUAAAAACCGGAACAGCUGGACGAGAUGAAAGGAUCCAUAGAAUCGGCGAACACACCUACACAUACACGACUAUGGAUGAUGGAUUCCAUUGAUUAGACUACACAAACACAAUUAUGUUUUCGAGUUUUUUUUUAUUUUGGGAUGAGGGGACGCAUUAGUAGAAAUUAUUUUCCAGAUCUAUAAUUCAAAAACAAAAUAUUUCUAUACAUUAGAAAGACAGGUGAAAUCCGAAGUGACAUUCUUGUCCGAAAGUAACAUAGAACAAAAAAAAAUCAUACAACACCUAAAAUAUCGAUCAUUUAGCGUAAAAUAUGUAUUUUAUUUUACACGCAAAACAAUUGUAAAUUGAAGCAAAAAAAAAAGUAAUUGUGAAUACCUACAACCUACAAAUUCUGCAAAACAAUAAUAAAACCAAUGUUUUUUCAUUUUUAAUAUGUUUUGUUUUCGUUUAUUUUUUGCUAUCGUUUUAAAACACACAUCUCUGUAAAAACAACUGUGGAUGAAUUGAAAUUGUAAUAAACAUUAAGAAGGGUAAACAUAUUAUACGUUCGUUUCCUGGAUUA